AUGGGUGACGUUAUCAAGGAGGUGCCGCUCAAGGCGGUUCGCGUUGAGGCCCUUGUGGUGAUGAAAAUCGUCAAGCAUGGCUCCCAGACGUUCCCCACGACCGCCACCGGCUCCAUCGUCGGCAUGGACUCGGACGGCCUCCUCGAGAUCACCAACACCUUCCAGUUCCCCACGGUCGACGUCGCAAACACCGACAGCCACCAGAACAACAACGACGCCUCGACCCUCGCCGCCGCGGCUCCCCGCCAGAAGGCCAACAUCGUCUACCAGAACGAGAUGAUCAAGCACCUGAAGGAGGUCAACGUCGACGCCAACAAUGUUGGCUGGUACACGAGCGCCGCCAUGGGCAACUUUGUCAACCUCAGCUUCAUCGAGAACCAGUUCCACUACCAGAAGGAUAACGAGCGGACAGUCGCCCUCGUCCACGACGUCAGCCGCAGCUCCCAGGGCUCCCUGAGCCUGCGCGCCUUCAAGCUCACCCCCACCUUCAUGGCCGCCUACAAGGAGGGCAAGUUCACAACCGAGAGUCUGAAAGCCUCCAAGCUCACCUUCAAGGACAUCCUCGCCGAGCUCCCCGUCGAGAUUCACAACACCCACCUCUUGACCUCGUUCCUCCACCAGCUCCCCGGCCUCCCCCAGCAGGACAAGAUCGAGCCGCCCAGCUCCCUGUCGGAGCUGCGCGAAGACCCCAUCAAGCAGCAGCUGCACCCCUCGGUCGAGAACCUCGACCUCUCGAUAGACCCCUUCCUCGAGAAGACGUGCGACCUCCUGCUCGAGAGCAUCGAGUCGCACUACACGGACCUCAACAACUUCCAGUUCUACCAGCGCCAGCUCGGCCGCGAGCAGGCCAAGAUCACGCAGUGGCAGACCAAGCGCAAGGCGGAGAACGCGGCGCGCGCGGCAGCCAAGCAGGCGCCGUUGCCCGAGGACGAGUGGCAGAGGCUGUUCAAGCUGCCCCAGGAGCCCAGCAGGCUCGAGGGUAUGCUGAACGCGAAGCAGGUGGAGCAGUACAGCAAGCAGGUGGAUGGAUUCACGGCCAACAUCAGCGCCAAGAUGUUCGCCGUCAGGGAGAACCUGCUGCCCAAGCGUGCUUAG